AUGGUGUUUAUAAGUUAUGGUGCACAUGAUAAUUUAACUCUAUUCACAGAAUACGGUUUUAUUCUUCCAUUCAAUGAGAAAAACACCAAUGAAGUGAUUUACCUAAGUUACCGUUUCAUCGUGAACUUGUUCCUGCAUUUAAUGGAUUCGUUUACAACACCUAUUAAUGGUAUGAGUGGUAGUUGUAAUUCUACCUCUAUGUCUAAUCUAAUCGAAUCGUUUACACACAAUCGAAUUAUUGCAAAUAAAUUCGAGACAUUACAACACAGCUACUCUACUACAUUAUGCCUUUAUUUCCAUCGAAUUCUUGGAAAGUUAAAUUUAUGUGUACCGUAUAAUUCUGCCGACAAUCAUGAUAGUGAUGAUGAUGUUACAUGGAGUUCAGUUUAUUUAUCACUGAAUGGUAGUAAUAAUAAUCGUGGUCCAUCUUACCACUUAGGCCUAAUAUUAUUUUUAUUACACACAUUGAUAAGUAAUAUGAAUAACAAUAAUGAUAAAACUCUUGUUGAUUGUCAAUCACUUGAUAAUGUAUAUCAUAUUUCAGAAGACACUAUUUAUACAACGAUUCAAACAUUAUUAAAUCGAAUUUAUACUAUUCUUUUGGAUCAAUUGAAAUAUGAUCGGGAAAAAAUUGUUCACUUAAUGAAUACUACCACCUAUCAACAUGAUUCGUCAGCAUUGUUAUCAUCUGUACACAUGAAAUCUACUUGUUUAAUAGAUAAGUUUUGUAAAGAUUUUUUAUAUUAUUUCGAUCAACGUGAAUGUUUUAUACGAAGUUUAAUGACUAGCUGA